UCCCGCCCCUUCGGCGGCGUCCUUACCUUGGGUGUGCGCGCGCCUCAGUCCCGGAUCCGGAGGGCGAUGGCGCUGUCGCGGGUGGAGCGCGUGCUGGUGCUGGCGCUGCGGCUCUUCUCCUUCGCCUACCUGGGCCUGGUCAGCCUGGUCUCGUACGCCUCCGCCGCCCUGGCCUCGCUGGCCCUGGCCCCGGCCUCGCCUCCGACCCCCGAGGCCGCCAAAGCGCCCCCCACGCCCGCCACGCCCUGCAGAGUCCGCCGCGUGGUCCCGCCGCCCCAGCACCCGCUCCUCCUCCUCUCCGCCCGGGAGCUGGCCCGCAGGAUCCGCCGCAAGGAGGUGUCAUGUGUGGAUGUCAUUGAAACGUACAUCGCAAGGAUCAAUGAAGUCAACCCACUGAUCAAUGCAGUUGUCAGAGACAGGUUUGAGGCAGCUCUUCAAGAGGCUCACGAAGUUGACAAGCUGCUCUCUGAAGGACAUGAUGAUGAAGAGGCGCUGGAGGAGAAGUUUCCCUUCCUGGGGGUCCCAGUCACCAUCAAAGAGGCCUUUGCACUGAAUGGCUUGCCCAAUACUUCUGGCCUGGUUAACCGCCGCAAUAUAAUCUCUGUCUCCGAUGCUGUGGUCGUGUCCCGGCUGAAGCAAGCUGGCACCAUCCCUUUGGGUGUGACCAACUGCAGCGAGCUGUGCAUGUGGUACGAGUCCAGCAACCGUGUCUACGGCCGGACCAACAACCCCUAUGACCUGGAGUGCAUCGUGGGAGGCAGCUCAGGAGGAGAAGGAUGCAUCCUGGCAGCGGCUGGCUCCGUGAUUGGCGUUGGUGCAGAUAUCGGGGGCAGCAUCCGGAUGCCUGCGUUCUUCAACGGGAUCUUUGGGCAUAAGCCCACCACAGGUGUGGUUCCCAAUGAAGGCCAGUUCCCUAAUACCAUGGGUACCCGGUCAAAUUUCCUGUGCACCGGCCCAAUGUGUCGCUUCGCAGAAGACUUAGAGCCCAUGUUGAGAGUCAUGGCAGGACCAAACAUCUCUAAGCUGAAGCUGGACGAAGCCGUAUCCUUAGAAAACAUAAAAUUCUAUUCAAUGGAGCACGACGGAGGUUCAGUUUUCGUUUGCCGAGUGGACAGAGAAAUCCUCCAAGCACACCGGAAGGUUGCAGAGCGCCUGGAGACAGAUCUGGGCGUUCAGGUUCAAAACGUGGCCAUCCGUGACAUGAAAUAUUCCUUCCAGAUAUGGUCUGUCAUGAUGACUGCCAAAGACAGCACUGGGAAGGAGGCACCAUCAUUCACAGAGCUUCUCGGGGAUCAUGGAAAGCCAGUGUGGCCCUCUUGGGAGCUGGUGAAGUGGAUGAUGGGAUUGUCAACACACACCCUUCCAGCCAUUGCACUAGGACUGACUGAGAAGAUUGUGAAAUACAACACUCGAUUGAAUUGCAGACUAACAGCUAUGGCAAAGAAUUUGCAGAAAGAGGUGGUGGAUUUACUGGGGGAGGAUGGCGUCCUCUUAUACCCUCCGCACCCUGUAUUAGCGCCCCGGCACAAUACUCCCCUGGCAAUGCCGUUUAAUUUUGCCUAUACAGCCAUCUUCAACAUCCUGGGAUUGCCGGUGACUCAGUGCCCGCUGGGUUUGAGCAAAGAAGGUCUCCCGCUGGGCAUCCAAGUGGUGGCUGCUCCCAACAAUGACCACUUGACUCUGGCCGUGGCCCGGUACUUGGAGAAGGCCUUCGGGGGCUGGGUCUCCCCUGGUGCCUCCUCGCUUGACAUCCCUGGGACCCAGUGAUGGCAGACCGGAACCCAAAGGCCACGCGAAAUGAACAGCAGGCGGCUUCAUCGGAAGCUGCAAGGACUCCGAUGGCUCUCUCCACAACUGCAGUCCAAGGGAGAGUAAAUGGGAUCAUACAACUUCAUCCUCCACGUUAGAUAAGGCUGAAUCUGACACAGUGGAGGGAGCAUUGUCGCAAAAUAUCAUGACAAUCCUAGAGGGAAUAAUGCACUGUGCUUCUCAGGACAAUCAUCCUUUUUCAACUUAGAGCAAUCCAAUUAUCAGCUGUCAGGGAGGGUGGUUUCUUUUGUUUAUGGGCACUGAUCGGUCAUUUGUUAGAACAGGGUUCCAGUUCCCUUCUUUCCUUAUUAUUUAUUCCUACUUUGUGUUGUCGAAGGCUUUCAUGGCCAGAAUCACUUGGGUUGUUGUGCAUUUUUCGGGCUAUAUGGCCAUGUUCCAGAAGCAUGCUCUCCUGACGUUUCACCCACAUCUGUGGCAGGCAUCCUCAGAGGUUCUGUUGGAAGUGAGGCAAGUGGAGUGUAUAUACAGGAGAGUCUCACUUAUCCAACACUCGCUUAUCCAACGUUCUGGAUUAGCCAACACAUUUUUGUAGUCAAUGUUUUCAAUAUAUCGUGAUAUUUUGGUGCUAAAUUCAUAAAUACAGUAAUUACUACAUAGCAUUACUACGUAUUGAACUAAUUUUUCUGCCAAAUUUGUUGUCUAACAUGAUGUUUUGGUGCUUCAUUUGUAAAAUCAUAACCUAAUUUGAUGUUUAACAGGCUUUUCCUUAAUGCCUCCUUAUUACCCAACAUAUUCGCUUAUCCAACAUUCUGCCGGCCUGUUUAUGUUGGAUAAGUGAGACUCUACUGUAAUAUAUCUGUGGAAUGCCCAGGGUGGGAGAAAGAACCCUUGUCUGUUUAAAGAAAUUGUGAAUGUUGCAAUUAGCAUUUGAGUAGGCAUAAAGUUUGCAAACUAAGCAAGAGAGGUUUAUAUAUCCAACAUAAACGGGCCGGCAGAACAUUGGAUAAGCGAAAAUGUGGGAUAAUAAGGAGGAAUUAAGGAAAAGCCUAUCAAACAUCAAAUUAUGUUAUGAUUUUACAAAUUAAGCACCAGAACAUCAUGCUUUACAAUAAAUGGAUAGAAAAAGUAGUUCAGUACAUGAUAAUGUUAUGUAGUAAUUACUGUAUUUAUGAAUUUAGCACGAAAAUUUUGCAAUUUAUUGAAAAAUUGACUACAAAAACAUUGACUACUAAAAGGCAUACUGCGUUGGAUAAUACAGAACGUUGGAUAAACAGAGCUUGGAUAAGCGAGACUCUACUGUACUUGUGGAAGGUUCAGGGUGGGAGAAAGGACUCUUGUCUGCUGAAGGCCAGUGUGAAUGUUGUCAUUAAUCACCUUGAUUAGCAUUAAUGGCCUUGCAAGCUUCAUUCCUGCCUGGUGGAAUCCUUUGUUCGGAUGUGUUACAGAGGAAUUACAGACAUGAAUCCAUCAGGGGCAGCUAACACCUCCAAACAAAGGAUUCCCCCAGGCAGGAGUUAAGCUUGCAAGGCCAUUAAUGCUAAACAAGGUGAUUAAUGACAACAUUCACAUCAGCCUCCAACAGACAAGAGUCCUAUAUUUAUUCAUUUAUUUACAGCAUUUAUAUUCCGCCCUUCUCACCCCGAAUGGGACUCGGGGCGGAUCACAUUACACAUAUAGGCAAACAUUCAAUGCCUUUUAACAUAGAACAAAGACAAGACAAACAUAGGCUCCGAGCGGGCCUCGAACCCAUGACCUCCUGGUCAGAGUGAUUCAUUGCAGAUGGUUGCAGUUGGCUUACUCUCCAGCCUGCGCCACAGCCCGGGCUUUUCCCCACCCUGAAUCUUUCACAGACAUAUAAACCUGCUAAGGUGGAAAAAAUGUUUGUCUGUUGGAAGGCAAGUGUGAAUGUUGCAAUUAAUCACCUUAGUCAGCAUUGAAAGGCCUUGCAGCUUCAAAGCCUGGCUGAUUCCUGCCUGAAGUAAUCCUUUGUUGGGAGGUGUUAGCUGGCCCUGAUUUAUUCCUGUCUGGAAUUUCCCUGUUUUCAGAGUGCUGUUCUUUAUUUGCUGUCCUGAUUUUAGAGUUUAAGCUAACACCUCCCAACAAAGGAUUUCCUCAAGCAGGAAUCGGUCAGGUUUUGAAGCUGCAAGCCUUUUCAAUGCUAAUCAAGGUGAUUAAUUGCAGCAUUUACACUGGCCUCCAACAGACAAGAGUUCUUUCUCCCACCCUGGACCAUCCACAGAUAUAUAAACCUCACUUGCUUUGUUUCCAGUAUGCCUCACAACCUCUAAGGAUUCCUGCCAUAGAUGUGGGCAAAAUGUCAGGAGAGAAUGCUUCUGGAACAUGGCCAUGUUCCUACUUUUUAGAUGAGGCCAGAGACCAAAAGCAUCAGAGGGAUGUGCUGGAGAUUUCCUCAGAGGAGAUGGGUGUCUUCAAAACAUCUCAGACUUUGCACAAAGCAUCUAGCUGGGCAAGGAGUAGAGCUGCACAGCUUCAUGGAUCAUUGCUCUGUUCUGGUCUUUGUGUUCUCUUCACUGGCACUUUACUCAGCUCUAUAUGUAGGGCAGCUUUCUGAUUCUGGCAAUAACGCGCUGUUGAAUCUGGGACAACUUCUUGCAGGGGAUCAUUGAUCGAGCUUUCCUCCCUCUGUCCUUCCCUCUUCUCUCCCAGGAGCAGUGCCUUGCCUUUUAGAUUUGAAACUUAAACCUUAUUGGGAGAGCGGCUGCUCUGUUCCAAUGAUCUGCAUCAUCUUUAUUACAUUCCAAAAUCAAGAUUGGGUACAUUACAAAAAUAGGGGGUUCUUAACAGCCAAAUAAAAUGAAAUGUUAUUGAGCCGACAACAGAAAAAGAACAUACAUACAUUAUCUAUCACUGAGAUAAGUGUUGCUGUUUUAUACGAGGGCUAUCCAGAAAGUAAUAAUAAUAAUAAUAAAACUUUAUUUAUACCCCGCCACCAUCUCCCCAACGGGGACUCGGGGCGGCUUACAUGGGGCCAUGCCCAGAACAGUACAAUAUAGCAAAAUAUAAAACAACAUAUCACAAUACAAUUAAACAAUACAAUAAAUAAUCAUAUACACUGCAAUACAAUACAAUACAAUACAAUACAAUACAAUACAAUACAAUUAUAUAUAUAUAUAUAUAUAUAUAUAUAUAUAUAUAUAUAUAUAUAUAUAAAUAAAAACAGCGGGCCGCAUGAGACACUUAAUUAAAACUUGGGGUGAGAAAAGGAUAAGAAUACAAUCAGGGAGUAGAUUACGUUUUGGAAUUAAAAUUGAACAAAGUAUAGGAGAAAACAUUUACUAUAUGCAGUUGAAAGCCAGACCCAAAUACAGUAGAGUCUCACGUAUCCAAGCCUCACUUAUGCAAGUUUCUGAAUUAUCCAAGCCAUUUUUGUAGUCAAUGUUUUCAAUAUAUCGUGAUAUUUUGGUGCUAAAUUCAUAAAUACAGUAGAGUCUCACUUAUCCAAGCUAAACGGACCGGUAGAAGCUUGGAUAAGCAAAUAUCUUGGAUAAUAAGGAGGAAUUAAGGAAAAGCCUAUUAAACAUCAAAUUAGGUUAUGAUUUUACAAAUUAAGCACCAAAACUUCAUGUUAUACAACAAAUUUGAUAGAAAAAGUAGUUCAAUACACAGUAAUAUUAUGUUGUAAUUACUGUAUUUAUGAAUUUAGCACCAAAAUAUCACGAUAUAUUGAAAACAUUGACUACAAAAAUGGCUUGGAUUAUCCAGAGGCUUGGAUAAGCGAGGCUUGGAUAAGUGGGACUCUACUGUACAGUAAUUACAACAUAACAUUACAGUAGAGUCUCACUUAUCCAAGCCUCGCUUAUCCAAGUUUCUGGAUCAUCCAAGCCAUUUUUGUAGUCGAUGUUUUCAAUAUAUCAUGAUAUUUUGGUGCUAAAUUUGUAAACACAGUAAUUACAACAUAACAUUACUGCGUAUUGAACUGCUUUUUCUGUCAAAUUUGUUGUAAAACAUGAUAUUUUGGUGCUUAAUUUGUAAAAUCAUAACCUAAUUUGAUGUUUAAUAGGCUUGUCCUUAAUCCAAGAUAUUCACUUCUCCAAGCUUUUGCUGGCCCGUUUAGCUUGGAUAAGUGAGACUCUACUGUACCACCUCUCAACAUAGUCCCCAUUGAAAUCUAGGCACUUCACAUAGCGAUAAAAGAGUUUGGAAAGGCCUUCCCUACCAAACUUUGCUGCUUGGCUUGUGUCCUCAGCCAGGUGGGCGUCCCUUCCUGCAGCUGCGCAUGUGCAUGCGCUCAACUUUCCCCCAUGCUCGUCCUGAAUCGCUCUUUUAAGGUUUUGCAAGAAGCACACCUUUCCUGUCUCCAAAAACAGUCGCCAUAACCUUUCUUGCAAGCAUUUGCAAAACAGAAGAGCCAUCCAGGACGAGCGUGGGGGAAAGUUGAGCGCAUGCACAUGCGCAGCUGUGGAACGCAAGCCAAGCGGCAAAGUUUGGUGGGAAAGGACUUUCCAAACUCUUUUAUCACUAUGAGAAGUGCCUGGAUUUCAAUGGGGACUAUGUUGAGAAGUGGUAUUUGGGUCUGGCUUUCAACUGCAUAAUGGUAAAUGUUUUAUCCUAUACUUUGUUCAUUUUUAAUUCCAAAACGUGAUCUACUUUCUGGAUAGCCCUCGUAUUUCUGACCUUAGGCACUUUUAACCAAUAUCUCUUGCUGUUGAUUAUCAUAGAGCUGGGCCCAAAAUGUGCUUGAAUUUUAGGGAUAAUAGUAUAUAUUAUUAUGUAAAUAGGGGGUACUCUUUCCCCUAGGGCUGAACUAAGAGGCGUCUGCAGGACCAUUUCCCCCCUGGUUGGGUAUCCUUAUAAUUUGUAUAUUAAUAAAAAUACUUAAUAUAUA